UGAAGGUAGGGGGCAGCACUGACUCUCCUAACCCGCUAUCAUCAGACAGACUGGCCCGCGCAACUCGCGUGAGAAGAGGUAGGCCUCGAUUCAAUUUGUUUUAUUUUGCACCGCGACUUUUUAACUUAGCAAAACAUACGAUAUUGUGAAAUUUGUCCACAUUACGGAGUAGUCCCGUGGUCUGCAGUUUGUCGGUCUACACGCAGAGAAACGAACUUCUCCGGCGGUUGUUGGUUCGUCAGCUAACGGUAGGCUAACAAGUUUAGCCGCGUCAACUUUAAGCAGAUAUCAGUUUUAACAGAUAUCUUAUUUGCAGGUUCGUAUGUAAAGCAUGAUUCGGCUAAAUGCAAGUUAAACUUAAUGUGUCUUAGGGUUUAUAUGUGUUUGUGUGGAGCAGACGGGUGUUUUGGAUCCACCCAGCGCCGCCGGCUAAGCUAAGCUAACGGAGCUCCUGGGAUAAACUGCCGCCUUCGGGGAUCGAUUCCAGAGUUAGACGUUAGUGUUUUUGGAUGAACGCAAAUUUAACGGUCAUUUUCUCCUUUUGCAGCAAAUAAUCCUGCACCGAAACCUACGUAAAGCACCAUGAGUGUUGACGUAAAGAAACUGAAAGUGAACGAGCUGAAAGAGGAGCUUCACCGCCGCGGCCUGGACACCAAAGGCCUGAAGGCGGACCUGGUCGUGAGGCUGAAAUCCGCUCUGGAGGCUGAAGCUCAGGCUGGAGCUCCGGAACAGGGGGAACAGGGGGACCAGGGGGACGAAUACUACCAGGAAGACCCGGAGAACGAAGAGGACGACGAUGUGGAGGACGCCGAAGACCAACAGGGUGAGUCCGCAGGUGGAGUUUUAUCUUUGUUUUGGUGCAUUUACGGUUAUUCACUGUUAUUAUGAUCCGAGCGCUGAUGUACACAGACCAACCACAGUAUCAAUAACAACCGAGCAAUGCAGGGAAACUGCAGCUCUCCACCGAUUCUACUGUUAGUAUUCUUGUGCAUUUUUAGUUUUUAUUGUAAAGAUCAGACAUCUGAUUAUUGGAAUUAUAAUUAUUUAUUGAUCCUGAUAUCAGGCUGUGAUCAUGUCUCAAAGUGAGCUGUUCAGAGAAGCUAGAAGAAAGGUUACGCCACCAUCCAUGCUUCACACUUCGAAUCUUGCUGUUAUUUAGUAUGGACAUCACAAAUCACAACAUUGUGUGUAUAUAUUAAAGUUUAUUUAGCAUUAUUUAUUGUUUUUUAAUUUGGUUUAAAAGGAUACUCCAGCGUAAAAUUAAUUUAGGCCACUCUAUAGCCACGAAUAAUGCUCAGAACGGCACCUAACUUCAUCAACAGUACAUUUAGGGUCCCAGCCAUAGUGCUAGCCACCAAACAUCUUUUUAACUUUGACUCAUUUCUUUAGCAAAGAGACUAAACACAACUCACCUACUCUCUUCCAGAAGCCGCUUGUUUGUAGCGAGACCUCAGUCCAGUCCAUUACGGACUACAGCGGGGUGACGCAGCUCAAGGAAGAAUAUUUAUAAAACAAUAAACACUUGUAUUAUACAUUUAAAAUAAUGUUGUCAAUGAUAAAAUGGUUCACUGAAUAAGUAUCAUCAUCUAAAUGUUCUUCCUGAUCUCCUUUCUGUAUUUCAGAGGCAGCUGAAGAUUAUGGAGACGAUGAUGAUGAUGAUGGUGAAGCCGAGGGCGAGGGGGAUGUCCUUCAAGAAGAAGAUGAGGGUCGAGAUUCAGGUGGUUACUACGAGGAUGACGAAGCAGAAGGCGAACCUUAUGAGAGCCACCCAACUUCAGAAUCCGGUCACAGCAUGCCGGACUUCACAGCAGAUGUCGACAUCAGCAAAACUGAAGUGAUGUCUGAGGAAGAAACAAAGCCUGUGGCUGUGGCUGCGCCCGAGCCUGAACCCGAACCCGAGCCCGAGCCUGAGCCGGUGCCCAUGUCUGAGCCAGAACCAGAACCUGAGCAGCAGCAGGUUAUGAAAGUACAAGGUAAUUUUCAGUCCAGCCCAAAUUUGUGUCUGCAGCGCGCAUUUUGUUCUUAAGAAACUAAGACUUUAUUUUUUGUGAUCAAGAAUUUCAAAGAGAACUUGUUAUUGAUUAUAAACUGAAAUGAAAGGUGAACAUGCACAGUCUAAGUUGAUUUAAUGCUUUGCCUCAUAUAAUGAUAGAUUGGAAGAUUGUAAACAUUAGGACAUAAAAAGAAAUGCACUCUACUCUCCUGUCAGCACAUCCAUUUAGAUCUCUAAGUACUAUGUAAUGCUCGUCUGCAUCAGGUUCAGAAUACUAAUGCCAUACACUGAAAUAUUAAUGACAUUCACUUAUUGAGAAAACCUUUUGUUGUUUCAAACAUACAAUUAAUGUUCUUCAGAAAGAUCAUAAAACACAAGAAGAGUACAGACAAAACAGAAACUGUAAAACAGGACUCUAGGUUUAUUCUUCUCUGUAAGGUUGUCUCACUGAACUCUGAGCUGACUGUCUGUUUCAUCGUAGAUGUUAAAGUGGAGGUGAAGAAGGAAGAAGACAUCGAGGCUCCAGGUGAACAAGAGCAGGCUGAACAUCAGCAAGGUCAAGAUGGAGCAGCUCAGGCCGAACAAGUGAAGACUGAGUCUGAUAAAGGUGACCACUACAGCCGCAAAAGACCAUAUGAAGAGAGCAGGACGUAUGGCUACUACGAACACCGUGAAGACAAGAGGUACACUUAUCAUGAGAUAAAAAAGUGUGAUUUAAGGCUUUUAAGGAGAAUUAUUUUCCAAUCAUUUAAUUUUUUAAAAUAUCGGUUAAAUCUGCUAAUCUUAUACUGUGCUGAUAUUGUCCAGAUCCCGCACACCACAGCCCCCUGCUGAAGACGAAGAAGAGAACAUCGAUGAUACGCUUGUAACAAUCGACACCUGUGAGUAAAUAUAUCGAAUGCAUCUAUGCACACGUACAUAUAAAGUAAUGAAAAAUUAUUUCUCCAAUUCUAUCUGUGAUUGAAAGCUGAAUAAUUCCCAAAUCGCAGAAAUUCUUCAUGAGCUUGAUUUUUCUUUUGGUUAUAUUAAUUUUAGAGUACAAUUAAGACACCAAACACUAGAAUAAUUGUUUUCCAAGGUUCAGGUUUAUGGUUUUACAUGAUGAUAGUUUUAACAGCCAUUGAAACUUACUACAGAACAUCAUUAGUGCUUCUUGUGACCAUGUGCCUUUUUAACAGCUUCAGUUUUAUGAAUUCAGGAGUUUGCUCGGCUACAUGCAGUAAAAACAGAAAACCUGUUUACACUCCUUUGGACUUGAAACCAGGACUUUAUUCUGAUUCUCUGAGCUCUAAAUGAAAUUACUCAAACCUUCAGUGGCACACUUUAAUUUUUAAAACAUUGAGCAGACAGAGAUGCUGUUUAGACACUGCAGAUAUCUCUUACAGAAGGAUGAGAAGUCAUCACAAACAAACAAAUAAAUGUGUUUUUAAUGUUUUUGUUGUUUUUGUUCAAUCCUCAGACAACUGUGAUCUGCACUUCAAAGUGUCCAGAGAUCGCUACAGCGGGUAUCCACUCACCAUCGAAGGCUUCGCUUACCUGUGGGCUGGAGCAAGAGCGACUCAUGGUGUAACUGGGGGCCGUGUUUGCUACGAGAUGAAGGUAAUGUUUGUCAGUCUAAUUUCUAGACAGACUGGAGCCUCACACAUAGAAACAAAGUAAAACAUGUUUAUCUCUGACAGUGCGGGUAGAUUUGUGAAACAUUUGAAAUGUUUCUGAGUCAACAUGAAACUCAGGAGGUUUUGUUUCUUUGUUUCAGAACUGAGCGGUUCAUCAUACUCAUAGAUACUCUAUGACACUUACAGUCUCUGUUUAUAUGCCUGUUUGAAUAUAUCACCCUAAACCUGCAGGAUUUUGAUCAGAUUUUCUUCUUGUCCUUCAGCUUAACGAGGAGAUUCCCGUGAAGCACCUGCCCAGCAGUGAGCCGGAUCCCCAUGUGGUCAGAAUCGGAUGGUCACUUAACCACUGCAGCACACAGCUCGGUAAGAGGAGCAAGUGUCCAAAUUCAGGAUAAUGUUUAACAUGGAGAAGAGAGAAGAGAGAGGGUCUUUGCUUGACUGAUUUUCUCCUGUGGUACUUCAGGUGAGGAGCCCUUCUCUUUUGGAUAUGGAGGAACAGGAAAGAAAUCCUCUGACUGCAAGUUUGCAGACUUUGGUGAGAAGUUUGGUGAAAACGACGUCAUCGGCUGUUACAUCGUGAGUAUAUGCAGAGCUCGUUAUGUAUUAAUAUUAAUAACAAAAAGUUUUUUGCCAGUGUAGCUGAUAUCAAAGUACAAACAAGUAAAAAUAAGUUAUGUAGAACAUUUUUAUAACAUUUUUCAUACAAGAAAUGAAGCUCGGGGUGUUUCUCUACAUGGAAAUUACUUCUCAACUAAAACAGAACUAUUGAAUGAAUGUGACGAUUAGUGCUAAAAUGACAAAAUGAAACAGAUGAUAUCUUUUCUGUGUCUUCAAAACUUUUAGGACUUUGAAAGUGGAAACGAGGUGGAGAUCGGUUUCUCUAAAAAUGGAGUGUGGCUGGGUGUCGCUUUCCGGACAACGAAGGAGGACCUCGCAGGUCGCGCCCUGUUCCCUCAUGUCCUGGUGAAGAAUUGUGCUGUCGAGUUCAACUUUGGACAGAAGCCACAGCCGUACUUCCCCCCACCAGAGGGAUACACCUACAUCCACAAUCUGGACAUGGAGGACAAAAUCAGAGGGACCAAAGGGCCGGCGACCAAGUCUGAAUGCGAGGUGGGGAAAAGCUUCAGUUAAAGAGAUAACACGGUUUUCUGUUUUAAUCUAUAUGAAAUUGGGUCAAAGACACUGAGGCAGAUUUUUUUUUUAAAGGGAUUAUUUUAAAAAACAUGGAGAUCAAUUUUGAAUCGUGAUCUUGUUUCAGAUCUUGAUGAUGGUCGGCCUGCCUGCCUGUGGAAAGACCACCUGGGCCAUCAAGCACGCUGAGACCAACCCUGAGAAGAAGUACAACAUCUUGGGGACAAAUGCCAUCAUGGACAAGAUGAAGGUAGGAUCCUACAACCAGCCCUAAACAUCACAGAUUCAAUAGAUUUUCCCACUCCUCAUCGUCUCACCGGCUGAAUCGUUGUGCAGGUCAUGGGCCUGCGUCGCCAGAAGAACUACGCCGGGCGCUGGGAUGUUCUCAUACAGCAGGCCACCCAGUGUCUGAACAGGCUGAUCGAGAUUGCUGCUCGCAAGAGACGCAACUACAUCCUAGAUCAGGUACUGCCCUCUACACACACUCUGAUCAAAUCCUCGCCACAGUCAGUCAAUGUGCCCUGAUAAUCACUCUCUCUAAUGGACUAUUUAUUUAUCUUUCAGGGGGGCUCUGUGUAUUAUAGAGUAGAAGAAGCAUUGAACACCCUCUUGUCAUUUGAUUGUCAUGUACUGUAAAGCGAAAUGAUAAAUGGCUCUCUUAAGUGACAGAAUAUCUCAUGUUCUCAUCCCUCAGUUUAUCUGCACUUGCUAUUUCUUGUCAUACUACAGUAUUGUUUGUCUUGUGAAUUUCAACUAUGUACAAGUAAACCAUGACUAUGUUAAGAUGUUGAGAAACAAGUAAGCUCUGACUGGUGAGUAAGACAAAUACCUUCUGUUGCUAAUUUUAAUAAGGCAGAGUUGGUGGCUUUUUUUAAAGCUAUACUUUAAAGUGAGAUACUUGGAACUUUUGAGUGUGUUUUGUAAUAAAUUGCCCUGAAGGUAAGUAAUGACUAACAGCUUUAGAUUUUCAGGUUCUUGGUUUGUGGGAAAUGUGAAAACAGGUAGGUGGGUCUGAUGGCGUACUUGGGUUUUCUGAGGAUACUGUGAGUAUGUGCAGGUAGGUUAUAUCUGUCUGUUGUUGUCUUUACUGGGACCAGAGUUCUUACGAAGACGAGGUAAGUCCAGGUAAGAGUUGGGGGGACCCGUGAGAAUAGCUAGAUGUCAGUAACAUAGAUGCUCCCGUAGAGGAUAGAUGUGCUAUCAGAAAGUCAUGCAGACAGGACGGAUCAGAGACGAGGGUAAACGUUGAUUUUGCAGUUGUUGGUGCGAAGAGUAGUGAAGAAACAAAAGUAAAACUGUAGGUUAUGAAAUAAUUUCACUGAUUACAGUAAUGAUGUUUUUUCAUAAUCAGAUGUUUUCAUUGUUGUGGAACUGACCGUAAUAAGAUGUAAGAAGGAAGAUGGUUAAAAAUUAAACGAACAGGAGUUUGUUGGAAGUUGUUUUUUGUCUCGUGUGUGAACUCGGAGCUUUGUGGUUAAAAUGGUUAAACUGGUAGUGCUGGUGUUUCCUCGGUUUGAUUCAGGUGGCGCAGGUUACAGACUCUUCCUAUCAUUUGUUUUGAGUGUGCUGAAGGUGUGUUACAAUCAAUUCCUGUGGAAUUAUUAAACAGUAGUUUUUUUGGAGUGCAGAGAGGCAAUACGAACAAGAUUAAAGAUAAAUUUAUGUAUUUUACAGUGGAAUCAAACAUUUUUGAUGCUGUAUGUGAUCAAAGUGCUCUGACGAUGGCUAAUAAUGUGGGGAUUUAAUCAAGUAUGUCAUGAAAAGACAUACAACCCUCAUAAUUACACAUUAGGUUUUCAUGUAAGUAUCUGUAUUAUAAUGCUAUUAUGAGGGGUUAAGUUUGGUCUAGUUACCUAUAUUCAUCACUCAGAUUAUUCCGUAUUUUGUAAGAACAUAAACGAAGACUAAGUCUAUUCAAAAAAAUUUUUUACAAAAGAUUCAGAUGGAGCUGACAUGACUGAAAUAUCCUACUGACUUCCACAUUGUCACUGCAUGAAGGUAAAAAAAAAUACCCUUACAUUAAACAAAGGGUCUGAAAUGAUCAGGCAGAUGUAGUGGGUUACCCGAUCAUAGGUCCUGUGUAGUCAGUCAGCGUUUGUUGGGUCCUCCUGUGAUUCUGAAAUAACAUUCAUCAGCAGUCACUCUUCACCUGGACACACCCGGACGUGAGAGGUGAGUCUGUGGAGUGAUGAGAGGCCAUUAGAAACUGAGUAAAAGCGUAGACUGACCACCAAGCCAAACCUCUCUCACUUCGUUAUUACAGGGUUCCAGCUUCCUUCCAGUGGAAAGCCACUACAAGUAAACAAUAACAAACAAGCUUCUACUUCUUUCUUGUCACCAUUGCUAGACAAAUGUUUAUGGAUCAGCAAGGAGACGAAAAAUGCGUCCUUUUGAAGGUUUUCAACGCAAGGCUAUUGUAAUUUGUCCCACGGACGAGGAUUUAAAAGAACGAACAUUAAAGCAAACCAAUGAGCAGGGGAAGGAUGUGCCCGAUCAUGCUGUUUUAGAAAUGAAAGGUAGGAACGCUGUGGAAACAACAAAACACCAGAUCUACUUUUUACUUUUCUAUGUGUUGUCUCUAAAAUCAAACUUGGAAGAUGCUCCCUCCCCCCCUCCCUCAUCAUAGGCUUUGGCCAGAUAUCAGACCUGGACAUUUGUUAAACACAGUCCACAUGAAUUUGAUUAUUCCUUAUUUUUGCCCUCGAUUUGCCACUUCCCAUUGAGCUUACUUCAAAUGCACUGCAAACUGAGACUCGGCCUUUACGGGUCAUUUAGUCCCGUUUUCAUAAUUCACUUUCCUGAAAAGGGUGUUUUUUUCCGAAUAAGUAGUAAUCCAGUUUGUAAUCAGUAAAUCACAUACCCUCGGUUUGCAGUGCUGUCUCCUCUUCUCACCAACCUCCUAGUUGUCCUUUUUACCCCCCUCCCCUCCUUUCCUUUGUCUGCUUAAACAAAUUUUUCCUCCAUCUUCCCCUGGAGGUGAUGUUUGUUCCCUUCACCCUGCCAUCUACUUCAUCUAUCUGCUUUUGAAUUUCUCUGAUUCCCAGUUUCCCUGUGUGGUAGUAAUUGUUUUUCAUUUUGUCUUUCGGUGGUGUGACUGCUCUGGUCUUCACUACAACCCCCCGCCCCUCUAUUUCUCUCUCUCUCCUUCUCUCUGCUUCUCCAUCCGUCUCUUAUUGGAUGGGCUGUCUCUCUUCUCCUCCUCCUGUGGUCACCUCUGUCACUCCCCCAAGCCAACUUUACUCUCCCCGAGGCUUGCGACUUCCUGGAGGCGGUGACGUAUGUUGAGAUCCAGCGCGAAGAGGCAGAAACUCUGUUGAAGCAGUACAAUGACGAGGGCCGCAAAGCCGGCCCGCCCCCUGAGAAACGCUUCGACAACAGGCAGGGCGGGUUCCGUGGGCGCGGCGGCGGUAGCUUCCAGCGGUAUGACAACCGUGAUGGAUCCCGCGGUGGCUACCAGAACCGCGGUGGAGAUGGAGGCAGUGGAUACAGAGGAGGUGAGCGAAGCAGGAAACCCACCUGAUGCAUUAUUACUAACCUGAUCAUAUAAGGCAACAGGAUUUAGCGAUCAUAGAGGCGAAUGUUUUCAGGGACACAAGAAGAGUUUGGCUGUUAAACACGAUUCCAGAAGUCUAAUUUGAUUACCGUAUUUUUUGGGCAAUAAGGCGCAUCAAGCAAAACAACACAGUCCAGUAAAUCAAACUAUAACUCAGUUGUAACAACAAAUACCGGUACAGAAAAAUAUGCUCUUAUUGAUUCAUUCUUCCACAAAUCCAUCAAAUUCUUCACCUUCAGUGUCUGAGUCGCACAGUUAAACAGCUGUGUGAUUUCAGCAUCAUGCGCGCCCAGAUCCCUCUCAUCAUUAUCCAAGUCAGACUCGUUGCUGUUAGCGGUACUUGGCUGUUAAGUAUUAAUACCAACUUUUGUGAAAGUUUAGAAAACAGUUAACGUAAUGCUCUGAAUAUCCUUUGAUCGAGCAGCUUUGUUGUUUACCGAAGUCAUACUUACACAUUUCGACAGAUUUUUUAACGCACUGUACCACAUAAAACCGUCAGUAAACACAAGUAAUCAUACACAAGGUGCGCUGGAUCAUAAGGCGCACUAAGGAUUUUAAGAGCGCCUUAUAGUCUGAAAAAUACGGUACAUAUUUAACACAUGACGUUAAACAACAAAUUGUCCUCCUGUGAAUAACAGUAUCUCCUUUUUGUGGCUGAUCAUCAGGUUACAACCGUGGCAGCUACAACCAAAGCCGUUGGGGAAACAGUUACCGUGACGGCGGCUCUGAUUCACGUGGUGGAUACAACCGCAGCCAGCAGUCCGGAGGAAGCUACAAUCGUCCGGCUCCCUACAACAAAGGCGGAUAUAAUCAGGUAUUUAGAGUCACCGAAAAAGUCAACAAACUGAGUCCAGGUUUCUGAAUGUUGUGUUGUUUCAUCCUGAACUUCUCGUCGUACAUCCAGGGCUACAGCCAGAGUUACAAUCAAGGAUACAACCAGGGCAGCUACAACCAGAACUACUACAGCAACUACAGUCAGUAUCCAGGAUACAGCCAGAGCUACAGCCAGACACCCACCACUGCACAGACCUACAACCACCACCAGCAACAGCCGCAACAGCCGCAGCAGCAGCAGCCGCAGCAGCAGCAGCAGCAACAGCAGCAGCAGCAGCAACAAAACUACAACCAGCAAUAUCAGCAGGUAACCGAACGGACUCGGACUCCACCUGAAAGUCUCAAAUUCUGCACAGUGAUGAUAUGAACCUAACACACUCUAACUUGUGUCUUUGUCCCUGCAGUACGCUCAGCAGUGGCAGCAAUACUACCAGAACCAGAACCAGUGGAACCAGUAUUACAGCCAGUACGGCAGCUACCCUGGACAGGGCAGCCAAGGCUCGUCUUCUGGAUCCCAGUAACUUCCCCCCUUCAUAAUCCCUGCAUCCACCUGUGUCCUGGACACUCUGACCUCUACAGCAAAUCGAUUUUGUACAGUCUUCACUAAAAGUGUCCCCACCCAUUCCUGUCUCUGUCUGGUCUAACACAGUAGCCUUCAUUCCUCACCAGUUAAUGUACACAUAAAACUGUAUACAGUUUGAUGUCUUCUCAUUUUUUACUGAAUGAAGUCUUACUCCGAGCAGUGACCGUGAGCUGGUAGAUGAUAGGUUAUCAAAACAUUUAAUGAAUGUUAUCUAAUAUGCAUCGAAUGUGGACGUUUGUAGAACUGCAGGCUCCACAUUUGCGACAGAUUGAAGAGUUAAUAAUCAUAUAUUUCUAGGAAUCAUGGGAAGAGACAGGGAAGCUAAAGCAAAGGCUGAAUAAUUUUGCUUGUUUUGAGAGGCUUAACAAAGAACAAAAAUGCAUGCUUUUUACUUUCAUUACCCUUUCUUCUGUCUUGCUCUUUUAUUUUUUCCGUUUUUGAGCGAGCACAUUUUAUUUACUCCAAUAGCAUCCAAACAUAAAACAUUUUUUAUAGGUGUUGAUACAGUAGUAUUUAAGAUUUGAUCCAGUUUUUGAUUAAGAAUAUUUUGCCACUUUAAGUAGAUGUUUGUGCAGGUUUUUCUUUUUUUUAAAUUCCUUUGUGAUUGGUGUUCAUGAGUCCAGUAGUUGAAACCUUGUUGUAAAACCCAAUUUUUUUCUACCUGAAAACAAAACCUGAUUAUGACCAGUUACCCAAACUGUUGUCUUGUCUUUAUACAAUAAAAGCAAUUGUAUAUGCCUGAA